AUGCAACCACAACCUCAGAAAUCUAGCCUUGAGGUGACGUUAGAGAGCUUUAUAACCGCAACAAAUAGUGCCAUCCAACACCAAAAUAGCUCUAUCCAACAGUUGCAGGCCCAGAGUAAACUCAUGGAAAACCAGAUAAGCCAACUUGCCAAUCAAGUUAGCCAAUCUUUAAAGAUUCCAGGAACUUUUCCGGGCCAGACAGAACAACCUCAAAAAGGCCAAAUGAAUGUUGUUACCCUGAGGAGUGGAAAGCAAUUGGAAGAUCCUCCUACCAAGGAGCCAUCAAAGGAGGUCGUUGAAGAAGCAGGUGCAAGUGAGAAGGAAGUUGACAACUCUAAGGUCGAGGAUGAAUCAAAGGAAGAACCACCAAAGCCACUUUCUCCGUAUGUGCCCAAGGUUCCUUUUCCUCAAAGGUUAGCCCAAGCUAAACUUGAGAAAAAGUUCAGUAAGUUUCUUAAUAUUCUUAAAAAGCUUCAUAUUAAUAUUCCAUUUUUAGACGCCAUAUCUGAGAUGCCUUCUUAUGCAAAAUUCUUAAAAGAUAUGCUAUCUAACAAGAAAAAGUUAGAAGAGAAUACUACAGUUGCUUUGAAUGCAGAGUGCAGUGCUAUUUUGCAGAACACUCUCCCUAAGAAAUUAGGAGAUCCAGAUAGCUAUUUGAUUCCAGUGAAGCUUGGAGAUAUCAAAAUUAACAGGGCAUUGUGUGAUCUAGGUGCAAGUGUAAGCCUCAUGCCACUGUCCAUAUGCAAGAAGCUGCAAAUGGGUGAGCUCAAACCCACACGCAUAUCCCUGCAACUUGCAGACAGGUCAGUGAAGUUUCCUUUGGGUGUACUUGAGGAUGUACCUCUUCGCGUAGGUAAGUUUUUCAUACCUUGUGAUUUUGUUGUGAUGGAGAUGGAUGAAGAUGUGAAUGUUCCAAUUAUACUUGGUAGACCUUUCUUAGCUACUGCAGGUGCAAUUAUUGAUAUGAAGAAAGGUAAGAUUACUUUUGAAGUAGGUGAUGAGAAAUUGGAAUACUCACUUUUGAAUGUCAUGGGUGCUCCUUCUAUGGGAGACACUGUUUGUCAGGUUGAUGUGCUCGAUGAGCUGCAGAAUGAGAAACUUCCCUUGAAUCAGAAUGAUGAUGCUCUUGAACAAGUGCUAUUAGGGAAGGAAGAUGAUGAUGGAAAUUGGGAGUCAAGAGAGUAUGUCAGGCUGUUUGAAGAAGCAAAGGCCGAUCUGAACAUGAAUCCAAUCAGAGAGACAUUGAGUGUAAUGAGUAUUGGGGAGAGUUCUAAGCCUCCCGAGGUAGAGUUGAAACCCCUCCCCUCUAACUUAAAGUAUGCAUAUCUUGGUCCAAACAAUUCAUAUCCUGUUAUUGUUAAUGCUGAACUCAAGGACACAGAAUUGGAGCAAUUGCUCAAUGUUCUGAAAACAUAUAAAAGUGUUAUUGGGUACACCAUUGAUGAUAUCAAGGGACUCAUAGAAAACUCUAUGGAAGUCUUUAUGGAUGACUUCUCCGUUUAUGGAACAACCUUCGAUGUAUGCCUUGCAAAUUUGAAGAAGGUGCUCCAAAGAUGUAAAGAGGUCAAUUUAAUCUUAAACUGGGAAAAAUGCCAUUUUAUGGUACAACAAGGUAUUAUUUUAGGCCAUGUUGUAUCCAAUAAGGGUAUUGAAGUAGACAGAGCUAAAAUAGAGGUCAUAGAGCGCUUACCACCACCAAACUCUGUAAAAGGAGUUCGAAGUUUCCUUGGACAUGUAGGUUUUUAUCGUCGUUUUAUCAAGGAUUUUUCGAAAAUUGCUCGACCUCUAACUGAGCUCUUGGCCAAGGAUGUACCUUUUGUUUUUUCUGAUGCUUGUCUUAAAGCUUUUAACAGGUUAAAGGAAGCCUUGAUAUCUGCUCCUGUCAUGCAACCCCCAGAUUGGAGUCUGCCGUUCGAAAUCAUGUGCGAUGCUAGUGAUUAUGCGGUAGGAGCCGUGUUGGGGCAAAGGAAGGAGAAGAAGCUUCAUGCAAUAUACUAUACUAGAAAAACUUUGAGUUUUACUCAAAUGAAUUAUGCCACGACAGAAAAAGAAAUGCUAGCAGUAAUAUAUGCAAUUGACAAGUUUCACUCUUAUUUGGUAGGUUCUAAGGUCAUCAUUCAUACAGAUCAUGCAGCAUUGAGAUAA